AUGUCUACUGCUCAUUUUAAAAUGGCUUUCCUUAGUAGAAAUAUUUCUGUAUCACGUCAUAAUGGCGUAAAAUAUUUGAGUCAAUCGGCCGUUUCAAAAGCAGCAUUGGAAGAAAACAGAACGAAAUGUACUCUCAUACCAGGAGAUGGAGUCGGACCUGAAUUGAUGAAUUCUGUUUUAGACAUCUUUGAUGCUGCUAGUAUUCCUGUCGAUUUUGAAAAUUAUUAUUUAUCGGAAAUAAAUCACAGAAUGAGUGCUCCUCUAGUAGAUGUCAUGAAUUCGAUUAAUAGAAAUGGCAUUUGUUUAAAAGUUACUAUUAUUAUUAUUAUUAUUAUUAUUAUUAUUUUACAUUUUGGAGUUUUAGCCACUCCUGAUCAUAGUCACACUGGAGAACUUGAAACUCUAAAUAUGAAAUUAAGAAGAUCAUUAGAUUUAUAUGCUAAUGUUGUCCAUAUAAAAAGUUUACCUGGAAUAAAAGCCAAACAUGAAAAUAUCGAUUCAAUCGUUAUCAGAGAACAAACAGAGGGUGAAUACUCUGCAUUAGAACAUGAAAGCGUACCGGGUGUUGUAGAAUGUUUAAAAAUAAUAACGGAAGGUAAAUCUAGAAGGAUAGCCAAAUUUGCUUUUGACUACGCAACCAAAAUGAAUAGGAAAAAAGUUACAGCAAUUCACAAAGCUAACAUAAUGAAAUUAGGAGAUGGAUUAUUUCUUAAAAGCUGCGAAGAAAUGUCAAAAUUAUAUCCUAAAAUUGAAUUUGAAAAAAUGAUUGUCGAUAAUACUACAAUGCAAAUGGUAUCGAAUCCUCAUCAAUUUGAUGUCAUGGUUGCUCCUAAUUUAUACGGAAGUAUUAUCGAUAACGUUGGAAGUGGUUUGGUUGGAGGUGCUGGUGUUGUCGCGGGUGCAAGUUACAGUGCCGAAUGCGUCGUUUUCGAACCUGGUGCGAGGCACACGUUCGCAGAAGCUGUCGGGAAAAACGUUGCCAAUCCUACCGCGAUGCUUUUAUGCGCCGCCAAAAUGCUCAAUCACGUAAAUCUACCCCAAUAUGCUAACAUGAUAAGAAAAGCUCUUACUAAAGUACUCGUCGAUGGUAAAGUUAAAACGAAAGAUAUGGGAGGACAAGCCACGACCAAUGAAUUCGUAUGCGCCAUUAUUAACAAUUUAUCAAACGAAUAA